AAAAAAAAAUUGUCAAUUUAGUUAUAUUUAUUUUUUAUUUUUCUCAGAUUAUUUCAUCUUUAAUCUGAACUAUUAAAGCUUUUAAUAAUUAAUUUUAGAUUUUAUAUUUUUUUAUGAUGAUAGAUACUUUGAAAGUUUUAAUUAACGCAUCAGAAAAAGCGGCUCGUAUUGCUCGUUCUUGUUGUGAGGGAGCAACUGAUGAAGUUCUUUUAGUGGCCGAAAAAGGUGAAGGAGAAGCUAACGCCCGCUUUGACAAGGAUUUUAAAACCAUAGCAGAUGUCUUGGCACAGGAAUCCGCUAAAAAUGAAAUAGCUACCUUUAGUCCAGAACUAGCUAGAAAUACAAGAGGUGAAGAAUGCUCUGAAAUCGGAGGAGUCUCAAUUAAACUUCAGGAAAAUUGGGAAAAAACAGCCGAGAUGUUGAGCUUACUAGUGGCUCCAAAUGUAGCUACACGGAUGUCGGCAGCAGCUCAUUCUUCUAUAGAACUUUCUCUCGACUUACCAGAAGAUUUGCCAUCAAUUGAUAUUAAUGAUUUGGGUGUUUGGAUUGAUCCUAUCGAUGCAACUGCAGAAUUUAUAUCUGGUGUCCGUGGACAGGCAAAAACGGGUCGUGGUCUGCCUUGCGUAACUGUAUUGAUUGGAGCUUACAUCAAGUCAACAGGAGAACCUGUAAUGGGAGUUAUUAACCAACCAUUCUAUAACAAUGGAAAAGGUCGCAUAAUAUGGGGUGUAAGCUAUGGCACUACAAAAGAAUGGGGCACAACAGAAUCGAAAUCUGAUAGUGAAAGCAAUAUUGUGCUCAUGAGUAGUGCAGAAAACCCAGAAAUUGUUAACAAGAUGAAGAAAGCCAAUUUGGAGGUGAAAUCUGUUCCUGGUGCAGGUCAUAAACUUCUUAAAGUUGCUCUUGGAGAAGCAGGAAUAUAUAUUGUUUCUAAAGGAACAACAUUCCGCUGGGACACAUGUGCACCACAUUCAAUUCUACAAGCAUUGGGUGGUGACAUUGUGUCUUACAGUACAUAUACUCCAAUCACAUAUAAUGAUCCUGAAGAUGUAGACACACAACAGUUCUGUAAUUCUGAUGGAGUAAUUGCAUAUUCUGAUAUAAAAGUAUUUGAAAACAUAAAAAAGAUUUUGACUUAAAAUCAAAUUAUAUGACAUUGCAUACAUCAUAAAUAUUGCUCUAUUUGUAAUAAACAUACCUUGUCUUCAUUAGUACCUGAUUUUUACAUUACAAAUGUGUUGAUAUUGUGAUAGUGUAUUAAGCUUUUCAAUUAUGAUCUCAAUAAUAUUAUCUAUUUAAGUACUAUGUCUAAUUUGAUCAUUUUGUAUAUUUUGUGAAUGUUUAUGU